AGUCUUUUAGAGACCACGUCAGUCCUUCUGAUGGAGUCGAUUCUCGAUCGUUACUUAGAGCAAAAAAAGCUCUACGAACAAAAUGGGUUCAACUUCGAAAAUGUCGAAGACCUGGUUAUUCGGAAUGCUGUAUCUGGCAACAUACAAGACUUACCCGGUCAUCCAAACAUCACAUCACUGGAAAUUUCGAACGUCAAAAUCGCAACAUUCCGAGGAAUGAAUGUUUUUGAGCGUGUUCAAGUUCUCGAUGCUUCCUCAAACAAUCUUAGAGAAGCGGAUUUUGAGCAACUUAGGACCAGCUGCCCAUCGUUGACGACAUUGACACUGAACUACAAUCCACUCAAUCGAUCGAAUCAUUCCCCUCCGAGAGUUCCCCAAUCUGGCUUCUUUGACAAUCCAUUGCACACUUAUCGAUGAUAGGACUCCACAGGAAAAUGCAGCCCGAGUAUUUCAAGUACUGCUGCAGCCCAAUCUCGAGGUUAACGAGUUCCGUAGAGCCGACGUUGAAGCCGAGAUCUUGAUUCUCAAUCGAGAUGAGCCUCGUGGGCCUGAUGGGAUGCGUAUUGGACGCGGAGGACGCGGUGGACGCGGAGAUCGGGGCGGAUAUUUUCAAGAGUAGAAGCUCGAUUAAUUUGCCCCUCUUAAAAUUAUCAUUUUUUCAUUCCUCGUUUUUUUAAUUGUAUAAUCUUAAAUUUUUCCGAUCUUCAGAUCUCCCACAUCAAUUGAUUUCACAAUUUUCUCGUUGUAUAGUAAAAGAUUUCAAUAUCU